AUGUUUCGCUUCCCGACUCAGCUUUUGUUUUGUGUGGCUGCGGCGGCCAGCACGCCAUCCCCUGACGUGUUGCAGGUCACAAGGGAAAAGGCAAGCAAGCUUGACAAUCUCUCGCCGCGGGCGAUCACGAAAAUAUUGGACGCCUACAUUGUUGGGCAGGAUGCUGGAAAACGCGCCGUGGCUAUUGCGCUGCGCAACCGCUGGCGUCGUCGGCAGCUCAGCGACGCCGACCUGCGGAGGGAGGUGGUGCCCAAGAACAUGCUGCUGAUUGGUCCAACUGGCGUCGGCAAGACGGAGAUAUCGCGUCGCAUGGCGCGCAUCACGGACGCCCCGUUUAUCAAGGUGGAGGCCACCAAGUACACGGAGGUCGGCUUCAAAGGCAAGGACGUCGAGAGCAUCAUCGAGGACCUGUACACGAACGCCAAGCUCAAGGCAAGGCGCGCGCUCGAGGCAGAGCGACAUGCAGAGGCGCUGAACAUGGCGCUGGACACUGUGUAUAGCGCCUGGUCGGUGAGCCAGCGGAUGCGAGCGAUGGACCGUUCUCUGCUUAGCGCCGGCAAGGCCGAGGAAGUGACGGCUGCAGCCGCAGACGACAGCGCAGCGGAAGCGGAAGAGUCGCAGCAGCAGCAGCAGCAGCACAACUUCGAGUACUUCCGCGAGCACUACCUGGAUGAGCCAAUCACUAACGAUAUGGUGACGAUCGACAUUAGUGCCCCGCAGGCGCCGACGAAGCCACCAAAGGAGGGCAGCAUCGAUCUGCAGUCGGUUGGCAUGCUGCUGGGUCUGGGAGGGGAGCCGAAGAGGCUGAAGGUGUCCGUGACGAAGCGGGUGGCUGACGCUGUGCCGCUGGCCACGCAGGAGGCGCUAGACAAACUGAUCGACGAAGCCUCAGUGAACACGCUAGCACGUGCCCUGGCGGAGGAGGAGGGCGUUGUCUUUGUGGAUGAGAUCGACAAGGUGGUUGCCGAGCCGUCCAGCGCCAACGCCGACGUCAGCUCCACCGGGGUGCAGCAAGAUCUGCUGCCUCUGAUCGAGGGCUCCAACGUCACCAUGAAAGACGGCAGCGUCAUUGCGACGGACAACAUCCUCUUCAUCUGCUCCGGCGCCUUCCACGUUGUCAAGACGUCCGACAUGAUCGCGGAGCUGCAGGGCCGACUGCCUGUACGCGUAGAGCUGCAGGCGCUGACGGAGGAGGACUUCCGCCGUAUCUUGACGGAACCCAAGUUCAACCUGCUGCGGCAACAGGAAGAGAUGCUGAAAACGGAGAAGAUCGACGUCGUCUUCACGGAGGACGGCGUUAAUGAGCUGGCCAAGGUGACCUGCGCAGUGAACAGCCAAGGUCAGAACAUCGGCGCCCGUCGCCUCAACACAAUCCUCGAGCGCGUCAUGGACCCGUAUAGCUUCAACUGCGAAGAGUACGAAGGCAAGAGGGUGGAGAUCAACGCCAAGAUGGUGCGGGAGGCAACGGAGAAGCUCCAGAAGAACGUGAACUUAGCUAAGUACUUAUUAUGA